CCCCACUUCCGCUCCUGCGCGCUGAGGCUCCGGCGGACCGCUGGCGGACAUGGCCGCUGACCGCUAGCGGACAUGGCAGCUUCCCGCUUACCCCCAGCGACGCUAACAUUAAAGCAGUUCAUAAGAAGGCAACAAGUUCUUCUCCUCUACAGAAGGAUUUUGCAAACAAUUCGGCAAGUUCCAAAUGAUUCUGAUCGCAAAUACCUGAAGGAUUGGGCAAGGGAAGAAUUCAAAAGAAACAAAAGUGCCACGGAAGAGGACACAAUCCGGAUGAUGAUUACUCAAGGCAAUAUGCAGCUCAAAGAAUUAGAAAGAACACUUGCUUUAGCAAAAUCUUAACUAUAGCAUUAUUCUGAAGGAUUUUCAAAGUCUCCAUGUGUUUUGUUGCAUUUAGGAUUAAUGAUGGACAGCACAAAGCCCAGUCUUACUAUUUGUAUAUACAGUAUUUGCUGCAUUUUGAAAAUGUUUAUGGAUGUCUCCGCAGUUUUUAAAAGAAGCAAAAACCACUAACAAAUGGCCAGUUAGCACAUGAAAAGAUGCUGGACAUAAUCAUUAGGGAAGUGUAAAUCAAAACUAUGAGGUGGGAUGCAGUAGCUCACGCUUGCAAUCCCAGUACUUUACGAGGCCAAGGUAGGUGGAUCACUGGAGGUCAGGAGUUAGAGACCAGCCUGGCCAACAUGGCGAAACCUUAUCUCUACUAAAAGUAUAAAAAUUAGCAUGGCGUGGUGAUGCAUGCCUGUAGUCCCAGCUACUCGGGAGGCUGAGGCAGGAGAAUCACUUGAACCCAGGAAGCAGAGGUUACAGUGAGCUGAGAUCAUGCCAUUGCACUCCAGCCUGGGUGACAGAGUGAGAUUCCAUCUCCAAAAAAAAAAAAAA